GACGUCAGCUGACGCUGGGGGCGGGUGGGAGAAUCUGGCCGGAAAUCCCUCUUCCUGUUGCAGAUAAGCCCAGCUCAGCCCAGCUGACCCCAGACCCUCUUCCCUCACUCCCCCCAUGUCGCAGGAUCAAGACCCUGAGGCAGAGAGCCUGUUCACCAAGUCCCCCGCCCCGCCCCCAUCACCCCGUAAACUUCUCCAGCCUCCGCCCCGCCCUCACCCAGCCCGCUGUUCCCCAAGCCCCGCUCCAAGCCCACGCCACCCCUGCAGCAGGGCAGCCCGAGGCCAGCACCCAUCCCCGAGGCGGGGUCCGCAGCUCGGCCCCGCCCCUGCCCCUGCAACUUGAGCCUGGCUGCGACCCCUGCUCUGACGUCUCGGAAAAUUCCCCCUUGCCCGGGCCCUUGGGGGAGGGGGUGCAUGGUAUGAAAUGGGGCUGAGACCCCCGGCUGGGGGCAGAGGAACACGCCAGAGAACACUCAGAAGGCAUCGCAUCCAUGGACCUGUGGAACUGGGAUGAGGCAUCCCCACAGGAAGUGCCUCCAGGGAACAAGCUGGCAGGGCUGGAAGGAGCCGAAUUAGGCUUCUAUGUCCCUGAUGUGGCACUCCAAGGGGACACGCCGACAGCGACAGCAGAGACAUGCUGGAAAGAGCCCGACCCUCAGGCACUUCCGUGGUCGGGGGACUGGACAGACGUGGCGUGCACAGCCUGGGACUCUUGGAGUGGCGCCUCGCAGACGCUGGGCCCCGCCCCUCCCGGCCCGGGCCCCGCCCCUGCUGCCGGCUCCGAAAGCGCCGCGGGCCACAACUGCAUCCCCGCGGAGGGAGGGGCCACCUUGUGGUCGCGCGCCCAGGCUGCCGGGAGCAACACCACCUGGGACUGUUCUGUGGGCCCCGACGACAUCACCUACUGGGGCAGUAGCCUGGGCGGGGAGCCGCGCACGGACUGUACCAUUUCGUGGGGCGGGCCCGCGGGCCCGGACUGUACCACCUCCUGGAACCCGGGGCUGCGUGCGGAUGGCACCACCUCUUUGAAAGGGUACCAGAGUUCAGCUCUCACCAUUUCCUCCGAACGGAGCCCGCAGUCGGACCGUGCCAGUUUGGCUCGAUGCCCCAAAACUAACCACCGAGGUCCCAUUCAGCUGUGGCAGUUCCUCCUGGAGCUGCUGCACGACGGGGCGCGUAGCAGCUGCAUCCGUUGGACUGGCAACAGCCGCGAGUUCCAGCUGUGCGACCCCAAAGAGGUGGCUAGGCUGUGGGGCGAGCGCAAGAGAAAGCCGGGCAUGAAUUACGAGAAGCUGAGCCGAGGCCUGCGCUACUACUAUCGCCGCGACAUCGUGCGCAAGAGCGGGGGGCGCAAGUACACCUACCGUUUCGGGGGCCGCGUGCCCAGCCUAGCCUAUCCGAACUGUGCGGGGGGCGGAAGGGGAGCAGAGACACAAUAAAAAUUACCGGUCAGACCUCUUGGCGCGUGCUCCUCUGCUGCAUUCUUCCCGCUGAUACUGACUACACGCGCUAGGGAGCCUAAGUGUGCAGCUCCACAUGUUGGAAUUUGGCCUCCCCACCUCGGAGACCCCAGGCGUCUGGGCCUUCAUCUCUUUCCUCUCACAUAAUCCAGGAGCCUGGAUCCUUGCUCCCUAAAAGACUGUAGUGCCUUAGUCCUCUCCUCCCCGAAGACCCUGGAGUGCGGGCC